UUGCAUCUCCUCAUUACUCUUCCACAGGACAAGCACGCCAGAUUAUUCAGAACCCAGCCGAGCAAUACUAUACCACAACGCCUAUUUCGCCUCCUCCCGCCGUCAACAUGGUAGUACUUCUCGGAUUCUCCUUCCUCAUUACACUGAUCGUGCUUAAAGGUGUCUCACUCAAUGCCACAGAGCUCGCCGCGGAGUUCCAUGCAGAGCUCAAUGCGGAGGUCGACGCAGAGCUCGAUGCCGAGCUCGAUGCAGGGCUCGAUGCAGAGCUCGACCAUAUCCCUUGAUGAUGAGCUUGCAGUAUCUGGACGUCCAGAUUAUCACUAUCAUCCGAAUACAAUGUCGGGCUUUAAAUCACGUUGCCCAGGUCAGACUGAUUUUCCUGGCUUGUCGACAUCGGCCAACCUGAGCUUCGCCCCCCCGGGCAGGACGCACAUCGGCGACUCAUUGAAUGUCGAUACCGCGACCCACUCUUUGGGCUUCGCCGCUGAUCUGUCGAGCCAUGUUGCCGACAUGUCCAUCGACGCCGCCACUAAUUCGAGUGGUGCAUCGAAUGGCAGUGAGGCAGCCUCGGCACCCUCUUUCCCCACAUACAAAAACCAUACACAGUUGGACGAUGCCAUGAUUGACAAUACGGCACGACCGCAAUUUCCAACGGCCAAAUCCAUACAUGUCAACAAUUUUAUUCCAUCUAUACCUAAUAACGCAUCUGGUCCACAAAACUAUACGCAUCCUCCGCCGACCAACAUGAACCAAUACGGUUAUGGCCCUUUCCACAACCCCCCAAGCCAGUUCCACAACACGGUAACAGGGCACGAUCUCCCGCCAUCCAGCUCACUGCCAAUGCGUUGUUUACCGCGACAUGUCUUGCCUAACCCAGAUCUUGCGCCCCCCAGCUCCCACCCUGAAUCAUUCGCCCGUGAUUUUGAGACGCAACGUAAUUUUGGGACGCAGCAUGGCUCGCAGACAGCUGGUCCUCCAUAUCAGUCAGCCCCGUCUAUGGCACCUUCUCGACCCAUCCAUCCGCGACAAGAUCCGCUUCGCCAUAAUCCACUCUCUCGCUCGAGUUCCGGACGUCGUGGUAGAACUCAUACGCAGGAAAUUCACCCCUCGCCGUCCACUACAUUUUUUUGCGACUGGCUUGACGAAGACAAUAUGCCCUGCGAAUUUAAAGGCUCACUCAAUGAUUUCCAGAAGCAUUUCAUGAGCAGUCAUCUGUCUGGGGCGCAAAAUGCGUUGGGUAGAUGCAAUUGGCGAGGUUGCCAAUAUCAAAACCGCAAAAAUCCAAGCGUCCACGGCAUGCGGCGCGACACCACUUGGCGUCAUGUCCGCGAGUGUCAUCUAAAUAUAAAGAGACGUAUUUGAUCUUUGUGU